UUUUAUUCGUUGGCAUGGGGUGAAAUUGCCUCCGUGCCUAUGCGCAUAACCAAAGAGCCGGUGCCCGCCGUCAGCUUACUAUCGUUUUCAUCUACAAGCAACUGAACGGGGACGCCCCGCUUUGCAACAUCUUCGUCAUCACGCUCCCGAUUUCGACCUCUGAAGAAUAAGAAGAAGAUUUUUUCGUUUUCAUAUGACGGAGGACAGUGGCGUUAGGGUUUCCUCCGAAGAACCCAUUGCAGUUCCCUAUAUCGAUUCCUCUUCUCAAACUAAGCAAAGAAAGAAAAGAAAGUGGGAUCAACCUGCGGAGUCCUUUCUUUCUACUGCUACUGCAGUUCCAGGGGUUCUUCCAUCAUACAACCAGACGCUACUUGGCGGAGUUGCUGUCACCACUGUGGCAGCACUGGCGCAAGUUUCUCCCAUCAACUGUGCAACCUCAACCCAGUCAAAGAUUCAAGAUGAGUUAAUAGCAAGGGAAAUAUCAAUAAAUGACGCGGAGCCUUCUGUUCGGUACAAGCUCACGAAGCGUCAGACACAGGAGGAGAUUCAAAGACACACUGGUGCCGUGGUGAUAACUAGGGGCAAGUAUCAUCCUCCAAACACGCCCUCAGAUGGUAACAAGCCACUUUAUCUUCACAUCUCUGCAGGAGCCCAUCUGAAAGAUAUGGCUGAAAGGAUUUUAGCUGUUGAUCGAGCUGCUGCCAUGGUUGAAGAAAUGCUUAGACAGGGUCAGAAUUUGGCGACAUUGUCCUUUAGUCCUUUAAACAAUGAAUUCAAGGUUAAUCAGCCAUUAAGCAUGAGUGUGUUCUUGGGCUUUGACACAGAUCCAUCUAUGAACAUUGCUGCUCGAAUACGGGGACCAAAUGACCAGUAUAUAAAUCACAUAAUGGCUGAAACUGGAGUAACUGUCUCUCUUCGAGGACUUGGUGCGGGGAAUACUGAAGGUGCAUGUGAAGAACAACGAUUGCAUUUAUUCUUGACAAGCAACAAUUCCAAAAAUCUUGAAGAUGCCAAAAAAUUGGCUGAAGACCUGAUGGAUACAAUCAGUAAAGAGUUUGGCGUUUCAAGGGUUUCAUCAUGUAAGGUUUAUAGUGCUGUUCCACCUCCACAGCAGGUUUAUGGAGCUGUUCCACCUCCCCCACAGGUCUAUGGAGCCGUUCCACCUCCACUUCAGGUGUAUGGAGCUGUUCCACCUCUGCCAAAAGUUUAUAGUGCUGUUCCACCUCAACUACUUUGUUCAACACCACAGUUCGCAAGAGUUGAGAGCUUGGGAAACGAGCCAACUACAAGUUCAGCUUCAAGUUUGAUCUCGUCAGCUUCUCCUACCAUAGUCUCACCAGUUUCUUCAGUUAUACCAGGAGUUGCUCCUGUCAUCUCUCAAGGUUCAAUAUUACAAUCUGGACUGCCUCAGUCUCAAUCAACCGCCAUUAGUUAUAUCAAGCCACUUAUAUCUGGCGGGACAAACUAUAAUGGAUAUAGUGGAAUAUAUCCUCAAGCAACACCUUUGCAGCAAGUUGCCCUUGCCCUUAAACAAGUAUCUUCAACUACCACACCUGUAGCUGUCCCAAACAGGCCAGCACUGAGCGUGUCAAAUAUGAAUGUUAACUCUGAUGCAGAGAAAGAAAAACGCCCUAAUCAGAGACGUAAAUUUCAAGAGCUACCAAUUUGUGUGCAGGGUUCCUCGAUAAGCAAUCAGGAUUCAGAACUUUCGAACAACCCCUCAAACAAACCCACUGUGAAAAGUGUAUCAAAUAUGCCAGCUCCUAGGAAGCUUGUUCAACGAUCGUCCAAUGGAAUGGGACCACCUCAACCACGAUCCAUGCCACCUCCACCCACACCAAAAAAAUCUACAUCAGCAGUUAAGGUCAUAGUGCAAGAUAAGGAACUUUCGUUGGACACCAUUAAACACGAUGUUGUCUCAGAUACAUUAGUGAAGCUAAUGGAAUAUGGAGAAGAUGACGAUUCAGAGGAAGGGGUUGAAUCAUUGAACAGCGAUAACACUACUGGUGGCAUAGCAAAUCGAAAACCUUUCUGGGCCGUGUAGAAGUUAAAACGUAUUUCAUUAGUGAGAGAACAUGUUCGUCAUCUCCUAUAUACUAAUUUUGGAUGAAGACACGGUGAUGCGUUCCAACCUCUCAUGGAACAUGGUUAGGCAGCGGGUUUAUGGGGAUUUUAGAUAAAUUGUUGAUGAGGGUUUUAGAUAUUGUUAGAGAAUGUUGUAAAUUAGUAGUUUUGUAGUUGCGUACUAAGAUAUUACAUUGUAAGCUUACAACAUUAGUUGAGCAAGUAUAAAUCUGUUGGAAGCUUGACUGCUAUAUUUUCAAGAUGAAUGCAUUUAACAAAACGAAGAAGCAAAACAGUGCUAAAUAAAAGGUUUCUGCUUUUCUUCACUGCA